UCCAGACAGCAGUGCAGUCGCUCUUUUCUUGUACUGCGGCCAAAGAGGCAGUCCCAGAGCAUACGGCUUCUCAGUAUCUUCACCUUUCAUUGAGAGGUGUACAGCUUCAUGCGCUCACUGAGCUCAGCAUAACUCAGAAAACAUGAUUUGGAUCAUCUUGUUUUGGCUUCAUAUGUUCCCAAAUCUUCUUGCUUUACCCAACAUGACUGUGGACAUAAACAGUGCUCCACUUGAUGAGCCCGUGACGUUCGCUGAGGACUUUGAGGAUGCAUCUGCUCGGAACCAGAAAGAAGAAAUUGUCAGAAAUGUGGAUAGAGAAAAGUGUACAGUGCCAUGUGAGAUGACAGCAAAACUCAUGCAGGAUGAGAAGCAUUCUUGGUGCAGUAACCUCCAGCAUGCCCUGACAACAUAUACCAGGAGCACCAGAAAACUGAUCCGAGAUUUGAUUGAUGAACAGCAGAAGACUCUGGAAUUCCUCUCUAACCAGGUAAUGGAACUUACAACCAAAGUCCACAGUCUCAGUCUAGAUGUGCAGAGGAGCAACAGCGAGAUGUUUUCUAUGAAGCCCAUGCAUGCUCAUGGUAGAGACUGCAGUGACAUCAAGGAAACACUAGAGGCAGUAACACCAAAAAUUCCAAGUGGUGUUUAUAUUAUUCAACCUGACAACUCUGAGCUUUUGUUUGAGGUAUUUUGUGAGAUGGAUUACAUGGAAGGAGGCUGGACAGUCAUCCAGAGGCGGACUGAUGGCCUGACUGACUUUAAACGUGCAUGGUCAAGCUAUCUGGAUGGAUUUGGACCCCUUCCAGGAGAACACUGGCUCGGUUUGAGGAAGGUGCACAGUAUUGUGAGUCAGAAGAACACACGCUUUAAGCUUCAAGUAUCCUUCGUCUCUCAAGAUGAUUCCACGGCGUAUGCCUCUUACGACAACUUCUGGCUUGAAGACGAGAGUAAAUUCUUUGCAAUUCAUCUCGGCAGAUAUGCUGGUAGUGCAGGUGACGCUUUUAGAGGAUAUGAGCAAGAGCAGAACCAGGACACGGCACCUUUCAGCACGUCAGAUGUGGAUAACGACGGCUGCAUUCCUUUCUGUACUUUCGAUGGGAAAGCCGUCGAGAGCUGCAGCGUGCAACACAACAACACAGGCUGGUGGUUUAAUCAGUGCGGCCGGGCGAACCUCAACGGCUCACCGCUGGAUCAAGAUCGUUCUACUCAGCCGCACAUUCACUGGGACACGUGGACUAAGAACGGAGAACCUGUCAGCAUCAAGUCAGUGACGAUGAAGAUCAGGAGAGUUGAAGGCUCAAAUCUGAAAUAGGCGUUUCACGACUGUAAAGUUAGCAGAUUGUGGAAUAUUUCAUUUAUUUCUAGUCAAUUAAAUCAGUCAAAAA